AUGAGAGUGGAUGGACAGUGUCUAUAUGCGGACGACACUUCCUUCUGCAUCAAAGAAGAAACAGAGGAUACGCUAAAACCAAAAAUGAGAAAAAUCCUUGAAGAUGCCAAUGAAUGGUUCACAGCAAAUAAACUGAAACUCAAUGGAGACAAGACUCAGGAACUAUUUAUAUCUUCAAAACCCACCAACGUCACAUCGGUAAAAUUCUUGGGAUUUUACCUAAAUAGCAAAGCAUCUUGGAAGGACCACAUUCAGGAAACCUGCAAAAACCUAGCAUCAGCUUUAUUCAGUAUCAGAAGAAUCAAGAAUAUCUCAACUCCCCAAGCUGCAAGGGUGACAUACUUUGCUAACUUCCACAGCAAAGCCACCUAUGGUAUACUUCUAUGGGGUACUUCAUCAGAUGCUGACAAGAUCUUCGUCCUGCAAAAGAAAGCAAUCAGAAUCCUGUGCCAAAUGAACUAUCGGGAAAGCUGCCGCCCAGCCUUCAAACAACAACAAAUUCUUACCAUCCCUUCCGCGUACAUAUUGAGCUGUCUGAGGUACGUCCACAACCACCUCCACGAGUUCAUCAAGAAUGGCUCAUAUCACGAGCAUAACACAAGACACGCUGACGCGCUCUCAACACCGUACCAUCGGCUUAAAGUGUCACAGCACAGCAUUGACCAUUGGGGCCCGAAGCUUUAUAACAAGCUUCAGGACCCGAUGAAGAGACUAGCUCCGGCUCUGUUUGAGAAGAAGGUAAAGGACGCACUAUUAGAAAUGAGUUAUUAUUCUAUCCAAGAGUUCCUGGAUAACCCUCCAGAUUUAAAAUAA